GCAAUUGAGGAGCUUCCUUGAUGAUAGCGCACCAGUGUAGACGUCUUCGAGACCCGUGAACGUUAAUGGCGGCCAAUUGUGAGGUAGCUUGUUUCUUUGGUCACAUUGACAAGGCAAAGGAUCUAUCUCAGGGAGGCACGAGCAGUCUCACAGAAAGCUCGGCUCCUUUAUUCAGGGCGGUGACUGUACCUUACUCAAAGUCGUUCUUUCCUUCCCCUGGCUCUGCCGGCUUUCUUGGCUCACCAUCUGGCAGUCCUCGACUUCAGGUUCUCUACCAACUUCUGUUUACAACUUCGGCCUGAACAAUUCCAUCUUCUCUUACCAAACUUGGAGACCUACAAUUCACAUUUAACCUCAACUUCUUAACUACCUGGUUUUAGGAACGAACAACUCUCACCCUCACUCAACUUCCUACCUACAACCACCAAUCCCACACCUGAAAUGAUCCUCAAAGCCCUCCUCCUGGCGCCCCUCGCCGCCGCCACCCCCCUCCUAUCCCCCAAGUUAAUCUCCCUGAACCCCACCGACUCCGACACCGAAAUCUACAAAUCCGUCCCCUCCUCCCCUCCCCAGGAAGUCUACCGCUCCUUUCACCCCCACUCCUCGAGAAGCUACCUCGAAACAGGCACCGGUGCCUUCCCCGCCCCAGCAGCUUGCACCACCGGCCCCGCCGCCUCCUCCAACGACGACAGCGGGUUCAACAUUGGAGAUUACACCCUCAUCACUUCUUCCAACAAGACCACCAGCUACCAAGUCGAAAAGACUUGGUAUAAGAAGCACCUCGUCUCUGGCCCUCACUGGUUCGGGUACAGCUCGGCCGAGGGACAGUUUGGGGCGUGGAAGUGCCAGUUUUUGUGCAAUGCCGAGGAGGAGUGCAAUGGGUAUUUUGUCUGGUUUGAGGCUCGUGACGAGAAGGGGAGGGGGGAGACGAUGAAGUGUAAUCUGUUUGAUGCUGUCAUCCCCGAGUCGGCCUUGGUUUCUACCAAUGCUACUGGCUUUGUUGCUGGCGGGGCGUAUGAUCGGAUUUGCAAGGAGCAUGUCAAGUCGACCUGAACAGGGGGGAUGAGUUCAUGGGCUGAAAGAGCGGGUCAAUGGUAUCACUUUCUAGACAGAAAAGGCAGCUUUGAUGAGACAAACAACCAAGAGUUUUAUUGCGUCUCCAU